AUGAAAUUGAUCAAAUCUAAUCUUCCCAAUUGCGUCCCUCACAAGGUAAAGCCGUCUUCAGCUGAUGUACCAUCUUUUGUUUGCCUCGGAUUCCGUCGAGUUCUACCAUCCACCAAUACCGGGUAUUUUAAGAAAAAAAAUAUUUCUCCAAAUUCAAGGUCCUUCAGCUCAGAUGCUUCUAUCACUACGACACCCAAGCCUGAGUCAACAGAGUUCAAGAAGUGGGCUUUGGACAAACUUCCACGCUCAUGCCCUGGCUGUGGGGCACUCACACAGACAAUCAAUCAAACCGAACCCGGAUUCUAUAAUUUGAAAACACAUGCUAUAUUAAAAUUUCUAGGACUGGCUCGGCCCUUGUGUAGAACUAAACAAGAUGCAAUAAUAAGGUCUGCUCUCGAAAAUGCGCGGUCAUUAGGGGUUGUGGGAUUAGAAUUCGGGGAACAGCCAGUUAAGAAAUCAAUCACAGAAUUGCCAAAGUGCCAUCGGUGUCGUAAUUUAUUGAAUCAUCGUGUCGGUAUAUCGAUCAACCAUCCAACUAUAGAUGCCAUCCGAAACACAAUCAACGAGACGCCUUUCAAGUACAAUCAUAUAUAUCACAUUAUAGACGCUGCAGAUUUUCCCAUGUCACUAAUACCGGGCUUACAUGAUCUACUAGAGACAUCGCCACUACGAUCAAAAAAUAGGCGAUCCAAAAAAGAUAAGUUUUACCAUGGAAGAAAAACAGAAAUAAGUUUUAUCAUUACACGCGCAGAUCUACUUGCACCCCUGAGAGAACAAGUUAACGCUAUGAUGCCCUACCUGAGGGAGACUUUAAGAGAUGCACUAGGAAGAUCAGCCAUAGACACAAGGCUUGGUAAUGUGCACUGUGUAAGUGCCGAACGAGGCUGGUGGACGAAAGAGAUAAAAGAAGAAGUUUGGCGUAGAGGAGGCGGUGGAUGGAUGGUCGGAAAAGUUAACGUGGGAAAAAGCCGGCUAUUCAAUAAUAUCUUUCCAAAGGGCAGAAAAGAUAUAUUUCCAAAUCCAACAUUCAAUCAGUCACACCUACCCUUCUGCGAAAAUGCAACAAAAUCUAAAGUGAUAGACCAACUUGACAGGACUGGUCGUACUACAGACGAUCAAACGGUCAGAGACUCUUCAGAUGAUGGCUUGAAUACAGUGGCAAGCAAGGAUACAUUUCCAGCGCAAGUAAUCCAUGAUGUAAAAAUUCCCAUUUCAGAGGGCCCUGGAAGUAUUGAGAAUAAAGGUCUGGAUACUGGGGAACUCGACCCGCUUCUUUAUCUCCCUCCCCAGCCCGCUGAAGUUGACUUUCCAACAAUGCCCAUUGUUUCUGAUUUACCUGGCACAACAGCCGCACCAAUUCGUAUCCCCUUUGGGCAAGGAAGAGGGGAAUUAAUAGACCUCCCUGGUCUCCCAAGAGGAGGCCUAGAUCAGUAUGUACUUCCAGAAUUUAGAUCUCAGUUGGUCAUGUGCCAUCGAGUAAAGCCGGAACAGCAUGUAAUAAAGCCAACUCAAUCUUUACUACUUGGAGGUUUGAUUCGUAUUACACCCCUUAGUCCAGAUAUUGUUACUCUUGCUUACGCUUUUACAUCUAUUGAGCCACAUCUCACUCAUACCGUAAAAGCGAUUGGGACUCAGACACAAACCAGAAUCUCUUCCGUCCCGAACCUAUCGCUGCCUGGUACGGGUAGGGUGAUAGCUUCCGCGGGUAUUUUUCCCCUGAAAUGGGAUGUCACUAAAGUACGAACAGGCCCGAUCACCGCGCAUGACGCAGGCCGCGUCAAGGUAGAAGACUUGCCCUAUAGAGUUCUUGCUACUGACAUCUUGAUCGAAGGCUGUGGCUGGGUGGAAGUUGUUGCACAAAUCAGUAGAUUUCGGAUCACUCCUCUAAUCAAGUCAAUGAAACAUGAAACAGGCGAAUAUGACAUUGAGACGAGACAGGAGCAGGCCGAUCAACGUGCAGAUGUGUGGCCUGCUGUUGAAGUCUUUUCACCCCAUGGAAAGCACAUCGCGGCCCGACGUCCAAUGAAUGCCUGGGCCAUUAUUGAAAAUCGGAAAAAGAAGGUGCGUAGGUUGACCGGGGCUCGACCUAGGAGACCAAUGGCCGGGACCAAGAAGAGAAUUUCCCUUGCGAGACGGGCAGUAUCUACGGCCAAACAGUGA